CGCACUCACCUGUUUCCGGUUUGCUGUUGGCGUCUUCCACACAAACUGAUCCAAAUCUUUGAACCUACUGAUUUGUUUGCCUGACUUGUUGGUGGUGUUACCUGGAACUCACCUGGAUUCUAUCACAGCUAAUUGUGGCUAAGUGGAUCAGCACAACAUGCAGACGCAGCAGAGCUUCUCCCAGAGGAUGGACGGCGCCUUCAGCAGCAUGCAGCGCAGCGUGCAGCGUUACGGCGCCGCCCACGACCGCAUGCUGACCGGCUCCGCCCACGCCAUCGACGGCCUGCUGGUGGGGAACGAGGCCACGUUGCGGGGCGCCCUGGUUGUUGUGGAAACGCUGGUGGGCAGAGUCCAGGCGCUGGUGGCGGACGGCGCCGCCCGCUGCCGGGAGAAGGUGGAGCGGCACAAGGCUCUGACCCGGGAGCAGAGGGAGGUUCUGCUGCAGCUGCUGGAGGAGCACCAGCAGGAGGUGCAGGAUGCUCUGGACGUGCAGACGCUGCCGGGUCUGACCGCCAUCAGGGAGCUCAGUGACGCCCAGCAGGUUUCCAUGGAGACGCAGCGGGAUCUGGCCAAUCAGGUGGAGGCGAUGAAGGAGACCGGAGUCUUCCUCAGGGCUCUGGUUCUGGACCUGGCGGCGCUGCGUCAGGACGCUCGGACCGGACUGAGCGCGCUCCAGGAGGAGCAGGAGCGGCUGAAGGAGCAGAUCCAACAGGCCCAGCUGCGCCACCAGCAGGGGAUGAACCAGACCCUCCAGUUCCUGCAGGACCAGAUGAACCUGGUUACCAUGGAAACCCAGCAGAAAUACAGCAAGCUGCACUUGGCCUCCAGUACGCUGUGGGGCCUGGUUGAGGAGCUGCAGCAGAACCUCAGCAGCCGCUGCGGCACGGUGGAGCAGCGUUCUUCGUCGCAGGCAGAGCGUCUGCUCUCCUCUUCUUCCUCUCUGGCCUCUUCGCUGCGCCAGGCGGCCCAUCAGAACCGGGUUGUGCUGGAGGAGAUGAGCAACCGCUGUUCGGACCUCCACGGCGCUGUGUCAGGCCUGGUGGACUGGGACGUGGAGUGGACCUCCAGAACCAGGGAGCAGGUGGCCUGCCAGGCCCAGGACCAGCUGGUUCUGAUGGAGCAGCUGGCAGAAGAGGCCCAGAGUCUCAAUCAGGGUGUGGAGACCCGAGGGGCCGCCGAGGAGGACCGGCGGGUUCUGACGGAUCUCCAGAAGCAGAUGGGUUUGGACCGGGCGGUUCUGGAGCGGCAGCAGGCGGAGCUGCAGGAGUAGCUGGAGGCGGGUCAGCAGCUGGUCCGAAGCUUCCUGCUGGAGGAGCUGCAGCAGAAAAACCAUUAAAAAUA